GACCCUCUGCAGGCUCCGUACUCUAAGGACCGUACCAAGACCAGAAGUCGAUGAGGUAAUGAGGGCUCGCGGUAAAACGCGGGGCUCAGAGUCAGCAGGAAGAGAAGUUUCUUUCAGCCACUUUCAUUUGUACUCUGGCCUUCCUGAGUCCCUUCCAAGAUGUUGCCUCUGAGAAGUUGUGUUGGGAAAAAUUUCCACUCCAGUCACGCCGCUUCCCCCUACACCCGGAAGAUUGGCCUUCCCAGAGGAACUCCCACACGGGGAGGGGCUGCCGAGCUGAGUGGGAGUGACGUAGCGCGUGAGUGUCGGUCACGUGGCUCGAGGCGGCGCAGGCUCCUUCCGGCUCCCCGGGGCCCGGCCGCGACGAGGAGCGAGACGCCCUGGCACAUGCGCAGUGGUGCUCCACGUGAACGUCUGCGUUUCUCCUCAGACCUGAGGAUGCCGCCUGAACGCAGGAGCCGGACGAAACGAGAUCGGAGAGCCGGCGCAAUGCCGGGGAGGAAAGCCAGACCCAGGAGCGGCAGCACGCCCGGAAAGGCCGCCCGUUCAUCCCAACGGACACCGCCUGCCGGGCCGAGGGCGGCCCCUAGCGCGGUAUCCGCAGCGGCGGCGGCGGCGGCGGCGGAGGAGGAGAGCCGGCUCCGGCAGCGGAACCGCCUGACGUUAGAGGACGACAAGCCGGCCGCCGAGCGUUGCCUGGAGCAGCUUGUCUUCGGCGACGUCGAGGACGACGAGGACGCGCUGCUGCAGCGGCUGCGGAGCUCGCGGGGUCAGCUACAUGGAAGCUCAGAUGACUCGGAAGUGGAAAAUGAAGCAAAGGGCAGUCUUUCUCAGAAGAAGAAGCCAGUUUGGGUGGAUGAAGAUGAUGAAGAUGAUGAAAUAGUUGACAUGAUGAACAAUCGGUUUCGGAAGGAUAUAAUGAAAAAUGCCAGCGAAAGUAAACUUUCAAAGGAUAAACUUCAAAAGAGACUUAAAGAAGAAUUCCAGCAUGCCAUGGGAGGAGUACCUGAUUGGGCAGAGACUGGGAGCAAGCGGAGGACAUCUUCAGAUGAUGAAAGCGAAGAGGAUGAAGAUGAUUUGUUGCAAAGGACUGGGAAUUUCAUAUCCACAUCCACUUCUCUUCCAAGAGGAAUCUUGAAGAUGAAGAACUGCCGGCCUGCCAAUGCUGAACGGCCUACCACUGCUCGGAUCUCAUCAGUACAGUUCCAUCCUGGUGCACAGGUGGUGAUGGUCUCUGGGGUAGAUAAUGCUAUCUCACUGUUUCAGGUUGAUGGCAAAACAAACCCUAAAAUUCAGAGCAUCUAUUUGGAAAAGUUUCCAAUCUAUAAGGCUUGUUUCAGUGCUAAUGGAGAAGAGGUUUUAGCCACAAGUAUGCACAGCAAGGUUCUUUAUGUCUAUGAUAUGCUAGCUGGGAAGUUAAUUCCUGUACAUCAAGUGAGAGGUUUGAAAGAAAAAAUAGUGAAGCGAUUUGAAGUCUCCCCAGAUGGAUCCUUCUUGCUCAUAAGUGGCAUUGCUGGCUUUUCUCAUUUGCUAUUAAUGAAGACCAAAGAACUGAUAGGUAGCAUGAAGAUUAAUGGACGAAUUGCAGCAUCCACAUUCUCUUCAGACAGUAAGAGGAUAUAUACCUCCUCUGGGACUGGAGAAGUUUAUGUGUGGGACGUGAAUUCGAGGAAGUGCAUUAACAGGUUUCUUGAUGAAGGCAGUUUAUGUGGAUUAAGCAUUGCUGCGUCAAAGAACGGACAAUAUGUGGCUUGUGGUUCUAAGAGUGGAGUGGUAAAUAUAUACAAUCAAGAUUCCUGUCUCCAACAAACAAACCCAAAGCCAAUAAAAGCAAUAAUGAACCUGGUUACUGGUGUUACUUCCUUGGCCUUCAAUCCUACCACAGAAAUCUUGGCAGUGGCUUCAAGAAAAAUUAAAGAAGCUGUCAGAUUGGUUCAUCUUCCUUCCUGUACAGUAUUUUCUAACUUUCCAGUUUUUAAAAAGAGCGCUGUUUCUCGUGUUCAAACCAUGGAUUUUUCUCCCAGAGGUGGAUACUUUGCCUUAGGGAAUGAGCAGGGCAGGGCUCUGAUGUAUAGGUUGCAUCAUUACUCAGACUUCUGAAGAUUUUUCUUUUUUGGAAAUCCAGUUGAAAAACCCCAUUUCAGUAUAUCUUCCCAGAAGUUUCCAAGUGUGUGUGUUAGUAUAUGAAUAAUGAAUUGUGGAAUCUGCUUAAAUUAGCAGCAGUGUCUUAAUAAAUGUAUUAUAACUUUGUUUGACAAUAAGUGUACAUGAUUCUUUUUAAUCUCACAGUCAAGAACGUGGUUUGUAUGCAUUUUCUUUAAAACUAAAUGUGAGAAAUGGAAACCUGUCUAAUAAAAAAUAAUAUAGGUGAUUUUUUUUUUUUUUUUGAGACAACCUCUCUCUGUAAUUCUGGCUAUCUUGGAACUAAUGUAGUCCAGGCUAGCUUCACAGAGAUUCCCCCUUCUGUCUCCAAAAUGCUAAUACUAAAUAAUAAACUUAUUAAAUUAUAAAUGUUACUCCACUGAUACUUUACUCAAGUUUUUUUUAUCCAGUCUUGUGUAUAUAGGUAUUUAGAGUUGGUAUAUAAGCAUUUAUGUAUAUAAUUUUAUCACUUAGUAAGGGUAAAAACAAGUUUGUAUACUAAAGAGAUGGAUGUAUAUAUUUAUUACAUAAAGAAUUAUUUCUUAGCUAAAUAUUUGAUACUGCAUGACAGUACAUUUUAAUUUUUUUCAGGGUUAAUAUUUUGAUUUU